AUGUACAACGAAUUUUUCGUUAAAGACUUUUUGCUUUCAGGACGUUUAUCAGUUGAUGCGUUAAUGAGAUUAUCGCGUAAACGUCGCAUUUUAUAUAUAACGACUGCCUGCUUUUGUGCCUUACUUAUAGUGAUUAUAAUCGUAUUGAUAGCUUCCUGGCCAGAAGUGCCGUUCUAUUUCAAAGCGAAAGUCUGUUUGGAAAAAGAGUGUGUAGAAGCCAGUCAACAAAUUUUGCUUUGGGCUAACACCAGUAAGAGUUCCUGUCGAGAUACAUAUGAGUGGGCGUGUGGUAAUUUUGCGCAUGAGUACGCGGCUAACGAUUAUUUUGUUAUUAAGCGCGGUGAAUGGAAUUAUAAAACUUAUAAUGAGUAUGAAGAAUUGAAUGAAUUAAACCGUUUCAUAUCAAUGUUGCCAUCAUUUGACGGUUCAUCUACUGUGGAGUCUAUGAUUUCGAGUUUGUAUCGAACGUGCCGUGAAAUAGAUACAUUAGAUAAGAGCCAGUCGAGUUUGUUAUUAAAACAAGCCAUUAAGUCAGUUGAAUAUAUUAUUGAUGGUACGUACGUUGAGAUAUUGGCUACAAAGUUAAAGUCAAAAACUCCUGAAAGUUAA